AUGCCUUCCUCUCACCGCCCCAGUACCACCACGAGCAACAGGCACUCCACCCGCCCACACCAACACCGUCCCCAACCCUCAAACUCCUCCCCGCCUACAUCCUCCACCCCCAACCACCCCCCCGCCAGCCCCCCCGCUUCCAUCAACAUCAUCCAAGACACCCGCCUCGGCCUCUCGCCCGACGACACCGCCACUCUACGCCAACACCAGCACCUUGCGCACGCUCAGGUGCGUAGUCCCGUUGGCUCGCAGGCUAGUAGUCAGGGCCGCUUGCUGCUGGAUCCGGGCAAUUACGCACUACUUGCCAGGCACUUCGAUCGGGUUAUGGGUGCUAUUGAGGGGAGGAUCGAGCAGCUCCACCGCGCCACGGAAACAGCUACAGCAGCGCAAUACGACCGCGCGCACACCGUGAUGCAAGUUGCUGACGCGGAGAUUGCGCGUUUCCGCGCUAUCCUUGCGCAGAUUGAUGAGCUGGAGUUGGAGUUUGAGAAGAUUGCGCGCAUUCGCGAGAUUGUGAGGGUGUAUCGGGCGAGGGUUGCGGCUGUUGAGGCGAGGUUGGGGUGA